AUGGCACGAAGUGUGGAGGCUGGAAACAAAAACGCGACCGACGAAUCAAGCGGAGGGAAAGACGACGACGACAAGUCUCACUACGCCGUAGAUCCGAGUGGCGGCGGCGGCGGCGGCGGCGGCGGCGGCGGAGGCGGAGGCGGAGGUGGUGGAGGCGGCGGUGGCGGAGGUGGCGGAGGCGGAGGCGGCGGAGGUGGCGGAGGCGGAGGCGGCGGCGGCGGAGGCGGCGGAGACUCUCCUCCAAACCACGGCGGUGGCACCAAGGCGCCGAACCACCAUUUGACGACGCCUCGAGUGACACACCACAAGAAUGGCAAGAACACGCCUCCGGGGGGAGGCCACCACAAUGGCGGCAACACCGGUGGGCCCGGCGGUGGCGGUACUAAAAAGGGCAGUGGCACCAAAAAGGGCGGCGGCGGGACUAAAAAGGGCGGCGGCACCAAGGGCGGCGGCACCAAGGGUGGCGGCACCAAGAAGGGUGGCGGUACCAAGGGCGGCGGCACCAAAAAGGGCGACGGCACCAAAAAGGGCCGCGGCACCAAAAAGGGCGGCGGCAACGUGACACAGAUGCCUAUCGUGUGCACGGUGAGCAGCGUGGGCAGCGCACAAACCUUGUUGCCUCAGUUGGGUGUGUGCAGUUACCUGUUCUUCACGCACGUCAUGGUGGCGGACAAAAGCCUGCACGCCUCAGACGGCAGCGGUUCGCUGCAGAACUUUAUACGCAUCAUGCAAGCGAAUCCCAGCUACAGUGCAGGAAUCUCCUUCGACAUGAAAUACACCAUAGUUGCUGUGCAUGGUACCGAUCUGACGUUGUCGCUGGAUGAGGUCGGCACUGAGCUCGGAGAUCUGGCCAGCAGAAGCAACAUCAAACACUACGGCAUCUUAAAUGUCAUGUCAGAACCGGCCUAUAUGAACUACUUGGAGGGAGCGAUGGUCAGGGCGAUUCCGAAGCUGAGGAAACUGCAGGCAGGAGACCGGAGCCGAAAGAUAGUGAUGGCCUUCGGCGGCAUAAAUUACGCCUCAGACGCGGAAUGGGGCACGGAUUUCGAGCCCUACCUCCUGCAGUUUUCCAAGUGA